AUGGAGUACGGCUACUUGAGCGGUGCCGGUGGCGGGUUCGAUAGCGGCUGCCUCGGUUCAGGAGGUGGCGAGUUAUCGUGGGGAGAGCUGGCAUCAUGUGGCCAGAUGUCACAGGCAGCAUAUCGGUACCAGGGAAUGCGGUACCAGCCUCCACCUCCACAGUGCGCGCGCCCUCAAGACGCUGCCAUGAGGAAUCACCACAUAUUCCCGCCAUCCAUGAACCUGCAACCCGGUCUUCCCUACAAAGUGUACGGCAGUCACGAAGGUUCGUUGACAGAGAAACGAAAGCAAAGACGAAUCCGUACGACGUUCACAUCGGCACAACUGAAGGAGCUCGAGCGAGCGUUCCAGGAGACGCACUACCCCGACAUAUACACCAGGGAGGAGAUCGCGAUGAAAAUAGACCUCACAGAGGCGAGGGUGCAGGUAUGGUUUCAAAAUCGGCGGGCGAAGUUUCGCAAGCAGGAGCGUUUAGCGCAACAGAAAGCGGGUGAGGCGCCAGUCAAAGCGGAGGGCAAGCGGGAUAAGCCUGCGUCCCCCGCACCUUCGCCGCAUCCUGCGCCCGCGCCGCCUUCCAACCAGCCCACCCACCACGCUUUGCCACAUCUCUCACCACCAGACCUCAAACCUAUUACCUCAGCAGCCAACAAACUAUGCGAAGAACUGAACGGAGUUGGAGGCGAAGGACAUGUGCCAGUGAGCAGCGCCGGCGGAGGCAAAUGGGCCGGCGGGUGCGGACUGCUUCGCCAGCCGUCGGGAUUCCCUCUGCUGGGAGUCGCACCACAUAACUAUCUCCUCUCCGACCAUCUCGGCACCCUUGCCAAAACGAAUAACCAUCUUUUCUAAUGGGCGUCAAGUGGUCGCCCCGUUGACUCACCGUUCGCGCCGCGAUGAGUUGCUGGGUGCGCACAGUGAAUCGAAGACCCGAUACCCACUUUUCUACAUGUAGGUACAUGAUUUUGCUGUAAUUGGACUCAAGUGAAUAUUGACUGGCAUCGUUGGUGGCCCGGACUAAACAAUGGUCUCACGCGCCAUGAGUGACAAGUGUCCAUUAAAUAUACUACUGCAAUAACGAGGUUACAAUUUAGAUAAUAUAUUUAUUGUAAACAGCUUAACAUACAAGCUUUUUGUAUGUACGAUGUAUUUUUAAUUAGAAUACGAUGUAGGCAACGAUUUCGUAGUUAGAUAAUAUAAUAAAAUUUAUAUUUUGUGUGAUAUGACUGUAAAUAAACAUUCCCAAACAUUGUAUACGUUUUAUCGAAGUAUACUUUCCUAUAAAGGCGAAACGCGUUUGAAACUAUUUGUAAUGUACUUUAAUAUCCUAUGAACCAUUUAAAUUUUAUUUACUAAUGUUUGAAUAGACACGUGCCUACUGCAUGGUGUCUAUUUUCUGUAGACAAAUCCUGCAAUAGAAAUUGUAGAAUAUGAGCUGUUUCUUUGAAUUACGUGUUUUAUGUGUGGAUAUGUUAUAAAUAUAGUGGGAAAGGAUGGAAUUGUAAAUAUGUAAUAAAAUAAUGUUUGUACAUAUACGUAAUAAUAGUGUACUACGAGUAUGUGUAAUAAAUUGAUGAAUUUGUGGAGGGUGUUUUAAUAAAGCGAAUUAUAAAUCGUCA